UACAUCGUCCUUAUAUCUACUUUCUACGCUCAAACCUGGGUUAAACUUGCCUCAAGUCAUUAAACGACAAUAUGCCGUCCCAAGCUGUCCAGCGCAUCAGCAUUCGCUGGUUGCCCGAGCCUGCCUAUGAAGAUACCGAUACGAUCGCGCUCAACGUAGGAAGGUACUUUAUAGACUUGCGGAUUACUAAAGGAACUCAAACCAUUCAAUGGAGCCGCGCGGGAGAGAGAAUGUCUUUGGAAACUGAGCCCCCUACAUUCCGAUGGACACAUAUCGUCGACUCCUUGAACUUGACCGUACCUGACGAUGCCCAUCUCGAGAAGCUGCCCAAUGGCGAUGACCUCGAAAUCGGUACUACACCUUGUCCUCACAAGAAUGGUGUUCCGACCGACUACGAAGAAGUCUGGAGAGAUGUUACGAAAUGUAACACGGACAAUAUGCCUUCCUGGAUUAUCCAGAGCACAGACGGAAGAACUUUCAUUGGCAAAGUCGGGGUCAUAUAUCUCGCCAUCCAUAAGGCGUCAGAUGAAGAAUUUGCCGCACGACGAGAAGACCUCAAGCCCCAACAUGGAAUUUGGGAGUGCAAAUUUGAGUCUGAGAACGAAGGGAAAAUGCCAAAAGCGUCCGCGGUGGUGGCUUUGAUAGACAAGAAAGCGCAAAAGUCGGUGGAUGGAGAUCUGAUCAGCAUUGAUGGUGUGGAUUUCGUAUUCCGGGGUGUUAGCCAAGACUAAGGAUGUGUAUAUCUAGGGCCGG